AUGCCACCUAAGAAGAAAAAACUCAAGACCUCAUUAAAGAAUGUACUUAAUCUUGCUGAAGCACAUAAACGAGAAAAAUAUAAACAACAAUCCCAUCAGGCUCGAAUUGCACAAACGAAGCAAAAACAAAAGACCCAUCCGAAACAUGGUCGAAAACCGAAAUUCACCAGUACGGAUCGAGUGCUAUUGAUUGGAGAAGGCAACUUCUCUUUUGCAAAGUCCAUUGCCGAGCAUUACAUGGCAAGCAAUCCUGGUAAUAUUAUUGCGACAUGUUAUGACAGCGAACAAAUGUUGUACGAAAAAUAUGCAGACGAAGCCAAAUCCAACGUGGCUACACUCAAAGAGCUCGGCGUAACUGUGCUGUUUGAAAUUGAUGGUACAAAGCUAAGAAAGUACAAGGACUUACGGAAGAACCGAUAUACAAAGAUCAUUUUCAACUUUCCACAUGCAGGUGCCGGUAUCAAAGAUCAAGAUCACAACAUACGCGCAAAUCAAAAGCUGCUGAAUGAAUUUUUUGCUUCCGCCGUGCCUCUCUUAUCCAAAGAGGGAGAAACAAGCCGCGAGAUGCAUGUCACUAUUAAGACGUGUAAGCCUUACGAUUUGUGGGAUAUUCGAACACUAGCCAAAACGACAGGCAAGGCAAUCAAAACCACUUUCCCUUUCCAUCCGGAUAUAUACCCAGGAUACGAGCAUCGUCGUACUCUCGGAUUCAAAGAAGGUGUGAGCAAGGGCGAGAAUGCAGAAAUCAUAAAGGCAGAUCCAAAGACAUUUGUUGUAGUACGCAAGUCGGCCAUGGAAGCUGAAAAGGAAAGGAGCAAACAAGGUGCCAUCAAGAGAAAGAAAGAUCUACAGCGACAGGCCCUUCUGGGCAAGAAGAAGCGGAAGCAUCUUUUCAAUCCAAAGGCAGAAAGUAGCGAUGACGAUGACGAUAAUGAUGACGAUGAUGAUGAUGAGGAAUAA